AUGGCAGAUAUCCUCAUCCAACCAGCUGUACCUUCUCUUUUUACCCAUACUGAAUCAGCAUCAAGUCUUAUCAUCGAUUCGCCAACGGCUGAUGCUAAUAAUAACACAACAAUUCAUCACACACGAACAUCACCAAAUAAUAAUAAUACUAAUAACCAUAAUCACAAUAGCAAUAGUAACAAUCCGAAUACAACGAAUAAAUAUAUCGGUCAUGUUAGUCGAUUACGUAGUGUAUUUACACAAUAUGCAUUAACAUUGAAUGAUUUGAAACCAGGCGAACAUCGUUCACGUUAUUCUGAUCAUCAUCAUCAAGAUCUUGUGUCACCAUCACGUGGCAUUGCGGACGGAGCUGAUGAGAAUUCCUUAUCGCCACCAAUGCCACAACUACCAUUAGCUACAACGUCAGCAUCAACCAUAAUCGAACGGAGUCGAAGUUUAUCCAAUCCUCGUAUAUUAGAUAAUCAUGCAUUAAAUAUGAAUUCGAUGCGUAAUGGAAUGUCAACGUUAGCAAUGAGUGAAAACUCCGCAGCAGCAGCACAACCACCACCACCACCGAACUCCACCAACGAAGAUCAUACCAUACGAUUUCGUAAAGCUAAAGAAAUGUUCCAGACAUUAGAAGAAGAAGCAGCCCGUACAAUUAUCCCAUCAACAAGCACCAAAUCAAACAGACACAAUGAUCAAUUCAUUAGUGAAACUUAUCAACCAGAUUUAAUGCAUAAUGGACAAUCAUAUAUAUCGAUAGUAAACAGUGAACAUAUUCCUGAUAUUAUUAUCGAUCAUCGACAGCAGCAGCAACAACAACAACAGGAGCAACAAAUGAGAGAUAUAACAAAAACGGCGGAUCUCACGACCAGUCGUGUUCGUGAAGUUCCUGUGCAAAUUAUUACUACAUCAUCUUCAGCAUCAUCGCCAACACAUUCAGAGCGAUCAUUUAUUUCAAUUCCUAUUCAUCGAUCGGCCCCGCCACCUCCAUCGGUAACAGAAGCUGUAACCACUACCGAAGACGUUCAUUAUGCAAUGGUGAACCGUAAACAUGCAAGUUCUUCUGAUCAACACUACGAUUUUCCGGCUGACGCCAUUCAACAAUUAAAGAAACAACAACGUGAAGAAAACGAUACGAAUGCAAAACCCUCGAAUGAAGAAAUCGCCAAUCGUAUUGUAGCGUCGAUUUUACCGUCGAAUAUUCUUCGACGUAUGGAUCAUCUGAAUACAGUAUUUAUCAAACCGACAACAAUUGAAUCUUCAUUGCCGAAAUUAUCAUUUCAAGAAAGUGAUAUACAGGAAUCUUCACUUAGAGAUGAAGAGAAAACGGAAACGAAUUCAAUUGUUCAAGAGCAUGAAGAGGAUGAAGGAGUAGAAGAAGAACAGAAAUGGAUCGAUAAUCCAAUGUUAAAUGAACCGGAAAAUGUGGCUCUAGUUAGUACAUCAUCAUCACCGAUCUUCUACGAGAAGCCAGGUAUACCGGAAGCAGAUAAUGAUGAAAAAGAUACUACAGUAUCAUCCGAUGGUACUCGAAGAGUUAAAUUCAGCAAUGCACCGAUUCGAGUAUACCCAACAUAUUCACCAAGCGAAUAUAAUCGACGAAAUGAUGAUAUUGAUCCAUUUUCUGCGUCAGCUGAAUAUGAACUAGAAAAACGAAUUGAAAAAAUGCACGUUUUCAAUGUUGAAAUUGAGAAAGGUCCUGACGGUCUUGGAAUCAGUGUUUUGGGUAUGGGUGUUGGUGCUGAUAGUGGCUUAGAAAAAUUGGGAAUCUUUGUUAAAUCUCUCAAUCCACAGGGUGUAAUUGCUCGGGAUGGCCGAAUUCAAAUAGGCGAUCAGAUAAUUGAGGUUGAUGAUAAGUCGCUUGUUGGCGUUACACAUACACACGCUACAAGUGUACUCAAAUCAACUUCCGGCUUAGUCAGAUUCGUUAUUGGUCGUGAGAAAGAUGUUGAAAAUUCGGAAAUUCUUCGCCUGAUACAGCAAUCGUUACAAAUGGAUCAAGAUCGUAACGAAAUGUCAAGAGCGCUACAACAUCAUCAUGACACUUAUAGUGAACGACACAUACUUGAAGAUGGGUUUUCAAAUUUAGAAUUGAAUGAUCAAGAUAGAUUUGACGAUGAUGAUACAGUUAAAAGUUCAACUCACCAAGAAUUAGCUAAAAUGCAUGAGAAAAAUUACGAGCAAAUGUGGUCAAUGUCCGAGAAACAAUCCAAUGAUAACGAAUUCGAGAUUCUUAAACAACGUUACGAAUCAUUGGAAAAAACAUUGGCAAAUGUUGAGAAAGACAAAGAUUAUUAUCAGAAAAUUUAUGAACAAACAAAGAAAGAUCUCGAGCAUAUCGAAGAGAAAUACUUGAAAGCGAAAAAACUUAUCAAAGAGCUACAAGAUCGCGAAACUGAUCUACGAGAACAACAAACUCAUCAGAUGGACAAAAAUGAACAACAACAAAAGAAGAUCGUGGAAUUGACUAAAAAAUCCGAAGAAUUGGAACGAAUGUUAACUAACACUAAAAUACAAAAGGAUCCUUCAACACGUGCCACGAAGCUACCUAAUCCAAAUACAGAGGGUGCUGUUUUACGACCGCCAGAUAUACCCGAACGCGUGCCAAUUCGAUCGCGUACAAGUUCCGGUCAAAAUAUUCUUUCAACUGAACGUUUGCCAGCUCGAAAUACGUCCGCAACAUCCUCAGUUCGACUACCAUCAUCGACUGUAGACAAGCUGUCAAGUACGAAAUUAACUACUCAAUCAGAUUUUGAAGUCGAUCGUAGUCCAAUACUCAACCAUAGCAUUCAGAUGGAUAAAACACAAAUAGCGAAAACACGCCAGAGAAAUCUGCCGUCAAAACGUUCAUCGAAUCCGUUACUUGAUGAAGCAAACAAUCAUCAACAUGAGAAUCUAGAAGUCAAAACGUCAAAUAUCAAAGUUCCCACACAAGAAGAGACAACAAAGCAUUCGCCAAAAAGUCCGAAAACAACGACUACUGAUCAGUUUGUUGAAGUGAAAGAUUGGACAUCUGACCAGUGUAUUCAAUGGUUAACAGCGCAAGAAAUGACCUCAUUUAUUCCGAUGUUUCUCAAUCGAAAUAUCGAUGGUGAAAAGCUUCUCGUACUGGAUAGUACGAAGAUGAAAGCUAUGGGAAUAAAGUCAAGUAAAGAUCGUGAUCAUUUAAAACUGAAAUUGAAAGAACUCAAACAUGCUGAACUUGAUCGAAUACGAGAGCGACUUCUCGCACAGCAAACGAUCACAUUUCAACACUCAGCGCAUAGUGGAAAUCGAUUGCGUUCAUCUAGUAUGACGAAAUUAAAAGAAAGACGAUUAUUUGGUGGUAGUAGCGGGAAAUAA